UUGUGCUUUUCUAUUAACCUCAAAUUUUAUCAGGACCGCCAAAAUAAUAAAUUAUAAAAUCUGUUUUUAUCUAUGAUUUCUAUUAAAGAGUACACAAAAUGAAUAUAUAUCAUCGAUAUUUUGUUCAGUAUAUGUUGCAGAAUGGAACAUCUACAGUUAAUAAUGCCAUUACAUAUUGUAGACAUGUCAGUCAAGGAAAAGUUGAUAGUAUGACUCAUUUGAAAACAUUGGUUAUAGAAAUAAACAGAGAGAUAUCAAAGCAAUUUUACAAAAUAGUUUUUUUCGUUUGUGAAGUGACAAAUCAAAAUGUAGUUAUUUGGUUAAAUACUAAAAAUGACGAUAUCUCUAAACAUCAGAUAUCCUUUUCAACUAUAGAACUGGAAUAUUUUGAUUCUAUCCUUAAAGAAAUUCUUAAUUCUGAAGAACAUCGAAUUACAUUUAUCGUUUGUAUAAAUAUAACUUCAACAUUAACUUCACAAUUUUCCAGAGACAGUGGACAAACUGUUCUCAAUAAAUGGUUAAAAGGAGGAUAUUAUGUUAAACGGGGAGACUACAUUCACUUAGGACCUAGAACAAUAUUAGAAUUUACUGCAUAUUUAAGAUCAAACUGUCCGGAUUCAUUAUGCAAUCUCUGUUCGGAAAUAGUUUUUACGGGAAAGAAAUGUAAUGAGUGUAAUAAAUUAUUACAUUCCCAUUGUUUAUCUACAUAUUUGAGUAAUCAAAAUGUAUGUCCGUGUUGUCGUAACGAAUGGACGCAAGCAUCUGAAGAAGAAACUCAAGAUGAAUAUAUGGAUACUAAUGGUGUCGAUAGUAAUUCAUAUUCUGUGGAAACUAAUGGUACACUGCAUAAUGAUGAAGAGACCUCACAAGACAGCAGCACUCAAUCCGAGCACAUGUCACAAGUACUUAUUUCAAACAGUACUAGACGUAACCAAAGAACCAGACAUUCACAACAAAAUGAUAUCAGUGAUAUUGAUGAACCAGGCCCAAGUACACGAAAGCGGCACAGGAGAUAUGUAUCAGCUAGAACUAAAUAUUAACAGAAAUAUUUGAAGUACAAAUAAUGUUAUGUUGUUUGUCUUAACUGUAUUUUUAAGAAAUGAAUUAUAUUAGAAUAUAUUUUUA